GCCACAGAGGCUGCAGUGCAGCCGGCGUUUAUAAAUGCUGCGCAUCGAUGCGCCUGUUCUUCAGAUCAGCGCUGUAGCUGAAAACACUGCGUUUAUCGACCGGACAGCUGGACUGUUAAGUUUUAUAUUUACAGAAGCUUCAUAGUAGAAUUUAGUGAGUGGCAUUAUGAAGACUGAUUUGGAGGCUGGGAAUUGCAGUGCAGCAAUCCUCUGUUCUAAUGUGUGUCGAUCAUAUGGGAAACUUAAAGUCCUUAACAACCUCAACCUCACGGUGCCACAGGGCCAAAUUUAUGGGCUGCUGGGCCCAAGUGGCUGUGGGAAAACCACACUGUUAAAAUGCAUUGUAGGAACUCUGAAGAUCUCUCAUGGUCACAUCACAGUGUUAGGGAAACCACCUGCAUUCCCAGGACAUGAAGUACCAGGAAAGAUGGUGGGGUACAUGCCACAGGACAUUGCUUUGUACAGUGAGUUCACUAUCAGCAACACGCUAUGGUUUUUUGGUCGGAUCCAUGGUCUUUCAUCCAAAGACACAGAAGCCAGAAUAAAUUUCCUCAUUGACUUCUUGGACCUGCCACAGAAAAACAGCCUCGUCAGAAAUCUCAGCGGAGGGCAGCGGCGACGUGUUUCUCUUGGAGCUGCUCUUCUCCAAAACCCACAACUUUUGAUCCUGGAUGAGCCCACGGUGGGAGUGGACCCUGUUCUCCGGGCCAAGAUAUGGCAGCACCUGGUGGAUAUUGUUAAAAAUGGACAGGUGUCCGUUAUCAUUACGACACAUUACAUUGAGGAGGCCAGACAAGCCAAUACGGUCGGUUUGAUGCGAAAUGGUCAAUUGCUAGCUGAAGGUCCUCCUGAUGCUGUUAUGAAGCAAUACAAUGCAGCAACAUUAGAGAGUGCUUUUUUACAACUUUGUGAGGACUCUGAUCAGAUGGGGUCCAAGCAGAGUCCUCAGAGCCGCCUGCUGGAGAGCAACCCAUCUCCAGACAGUGUGAGUGAUGAAAGUCAUGAACCCAUACUGAGAAAGAGAUCAGUAGAGGACAUGCCCAAAUUUAAAGCUGACUGGAAGGUGCGUGCAAGGCACGUCAUACCAAAAUGGCGUAACAUUGCAGCUCUGAUGAUCAAGACACUGGUUCGAAUGAGAAGAAUGCCAGGGUCCCUGUGUUUCCAGUUUCUCUUGCCUGUAAUUCAGAUCUGUCUGAUGUGUCUGUGCAUUGGUGGAGAUCCCAAAGGCAUUGAUGUGGCUGUGGUCAAUAAUGAAAGUAUCUCCAGCGGCUACAGCAAAUUACUGCUGUCCUUCCUUGACAACACAAGUGUCCACCAGGUGAGCUUGUCUUAUUCUGAGGCCUUUGCUGGCAUCCAUAAUGGGGAAUAUUGGGGAAUCAUAGAGUUUGGGGAGAAUUUCACCAGCUAUUUAACCAAAAGAAUGUUACAGCCCAAAGUCUCCAGAGAUGUAGUUGAGGGAGGAUCUGUGCAUGUUUGGUUGGACCUGACCAAUCAACAAAUUGCCAUAAUGCUACAGAAAAAGCUUCACGAGGCAUUUCAGGCUUUCAUCAAGACAAAACUGGGGAGUCUGUCAUACAUGGUGGCCACCCCCAUAAAAUUUGAAGAACCUAUAUAUGGCAGUGAGAACACAGAUUUUACAACAUUUGUGACACCAGGAGCUGUUUUGAGCAUCACCUUUUACCUGGCAGUAGGUUUGACUGCUCUGUCUUUUGUGUUAGAAAGAAAGGAGGGGCUGCUGGACAGGUGCUGGGUGGCAGGUGUAAGUUCUUUGGAGACCAUGCUGGCUCACCUUUUCUCACAGCUCUUUGUCAUCAGCGUUCAAAUCAUCCUUUUGCUGAUCUUCAUCCUUCUGGUCUUUAAAAUUCCUAAUGAAGGAUCUUUGGUUCUGGUGGUUUCAUUGAUUGUGCUUCAGGGUGUGACUGGAAUCUCGUUUGGAUUGGUCAUCUCCUCUGCUAUCGAUGACGAGCAGUCAGCCAAUCAGGCGGCUCUUGGAAUCUUCUACCCUAACCUCAUCAUUAGCGGCGUCAUUUGGCCAGUCGAGUGUAUACCAUAUCCUCUGCGUUAUUUGAGUCUGGUUCUACCCCAGACUUAUGCAUCUGAAGCCCUGCGCUGUAUCAUGUACAGAGGUUGGGGUUUGUCCCGUAUGAUGGUUUGGCGAGGGUUUGCUGUCACUCUGGGCUGGAACACAUUCUUCCUCAUGCUGGCGACUGUCAUUCUGAAGUUGAGAAGUUGAGAGUUAAAAGAGAAGCUAAAAGUGCUUUAGAUUAGAGAAAGCGGCAUCAGACGAGACCCAGGUUUCAUCAGCACAGCCUAUGGAAGCCUAUGGAGUGUGUGCCCUGACAAAAUGAUUGAAAAUGAUUGACAUUAAGAUCUACAAAUCUGAGCCUUUUCAUUAAGAUGCCAUUUUUCCAGGAGUUGUUAAUCAGGACUGAGGACCAUCAGCAUGAAACUCAGGGCAUCUAUUAACCAUCUAAGAGAUCAGACACAGAUUUCAGCACAUUUUUUGACAGAUAAUUAUUACAAAUGAUCAUAAAACAUUUCACUUAUUUUGAGUUUCACAUGGGCUUCAGACAGUUUAAGAAAGACAAAAAAGCAGUCACACAAAAAUAAUCAAAACUCAAUGAGUGGAGACCAUAACUUGGUUACUGGGGCCUGCCAAAUGUUUAUUCAAGCCCAACUUUUUAUACUCUUUUCCCUUGGGAUUGUAAUUGUAUUGGGAUGUAUUGUGUACUAAAUGUACAGACUAGCUUCUGUGUGCCUGAAUGUUUAAUGUUUCACAUUCCUUUUGUGCCAGUAUACCCUAGAUGGCGUAACUUACAUACCCGCAUUGCUUUCUGGAAGCAUGUAGUUGCCCACCCUUGUGCCCCUUCAUUUUGAAAAAAAAAUGUUUUGUUUUCUGGGCGAUUCCACCUAUGCACAAAGUUUAAUUUUCCAAUUGCUGCAUAUUCAUCGUUUUAGACCAAUAUUUUUAUAGGGUACUACACAGCAAAACCCCCAGUAAUAAAUGAACACUCUUACCCCCGGUUUCACAGACAAUGUUUAAGGUUAGUCCUAGACUAAAAUACAUGUUGGAGCUCUAUCAACAGAAAAUAACUUGCACCGACAAAUCUUAAGUGCCAUUAAUUUGUCUUACGAUACACACCAGUAAAGGCUUUAUAUACAUUAAAGAUUAAUGUUAAAAAAGGAACACUGAUUAAUUCAGUGUUGAUGUAAUGAGAUAAUGAAGUGAUGAAUAUACAUUAAUGAUGAACACCCGCUGUUAACAACCUCAAUCGUUGAAGAAAAGAUUAAUAACAAGAAGUCACUAUAACAGUGAUUAGUUUUACCUAUAGCUGGGUACUUGACCCUUGAUUUCUUGUUUUUAUAAAAAAUCCAAAAUAAUAUUAUUUGCUUGUUGAUGCUGAUAUUACCAUAAUGUAAUAGGUGUGUUUGGCUAUUUUUAGACCCCAGACAGCAGUUUUGUGAUGGUUUUGGUUAAGAAUAUAAAAAAACACUGAUUCGGUGUUCAUUUUUAACACCCUGUGUGUGGAUUAUCACUGUUAAUUUAACACUGGAGGUUUUGCGUGUAGUUGUAAGUUACUAAGUGCCAUAAAGAAAAUGAAGGAAAAAUGUCAACGUUUACAUUUAAAGUCAGUGCUAACUCCAUUACAGUGCAGACCCAUAUUCUGAAUUAUAUGAAAUGUUAUAUAUGGUUUAUAUUUAUAUGUGUGUGUGUGUGUGUGUGUGUGUGUGUGUGUGUGUGUGUGUGUGUGUGUGUGUGUAUAGCUAAUUUCGAGUGCAAUAUAUGAUGGACAGAAUACAAACACAAUGUUUAAAAAAAAACUGGUAAAAAUAUUUUUGGGUAUGUAGCUUACAUGUGUUUCCCUGUCCUUUUAUAACAUCUGUCAAUUUGUUGUGUUCCUCUUACAAUCUCAAAGUAAAAUUAGGAUAUUUAUACCUUUAUCUUUUUUGAACAGGUUCUGUUUAUGUUGUAAGUAUUUAACCCACAGCCAGACUGAACAAAACUUGCCACAUAUAAAGCUAAAGUGGCUCAUUUUCACAUAAGAUUUAGCUUAAAAUAAAAUGCAGAGAUAACUGAGUAAAGAUUUGUAGAAACUUUUGCUAAAAAGUGUAUAAAUGGUGGUAAAAAAUAUAAAACAAACUAUACUGUAUCCACAUUAACCUGCGUACAGCUGUCCAAGGUUUGUGAUGCACUGUGCCAUUUAGAAAGGUCACAGUGUCUCUUCUACACACACAAGACCUUUAUUUGCUACCUCUGAAUUGUCUGCAUUUUUCAACAACAAAAAAAACUUUUUCUCAAGCUCUUCAUACUUCUACAAUAGCAUUUACUUGUUUUUGCGUAUUGUUUAUCAACGUUUCUUUUACAUCUGCUGUGAAGAUAAAGCAGGACUGAUCUUAAUGAUGUCAUCUGUGUCUUUUAUUUUUUGAAGGGACAGUCCCCAUCUUUUCCAUUACCAACCCAAUAACAUUUCUGCCUUUCAAACUUUUGCCUGCUUCAAGAUCACUUUUUGGUUUUAAGGAAUAUUAUAAAAAUCACAAGCUUGUUUGUUUGAAAAUAUGAAAGUCUUCCUGUAACUUAAAGCACAUUUUUCUAGGAUGUGUGUCAAAGAUCAAGUACUUCCAGCAUGCUGGUAUGGAAAUAAAGAUAAAGCAACUAAAAAGGAA